GCUGAACUUGAAUCAUUGGUGUGUCGACAUGCGUUGGGCACUGCUCCUUAUUACGUUUUCCUGCGCUUACGCCUAUGUUUUCGACUGCCUCGACAACUGUGAGUGUGACACCGAUGAUGAAGUUGUGCACUGCCACAAUGGAAAUCGUAAAGAACUACCACUACCCACUGGACAACGCCUUCGUGGUUUCCCCGUAAUUGGCAUGACAUACAAUGAUCUGCAUAGGCUUCCCGACGAAGCCACUUUGAUAACGAAGUUCCCUGACCUCAAGGUGAUUGAUGUCGAGCGUAAUCCCAACUUUGAUUGUGAUUCAUUGAAAGAGUACGACCGCGUCAAAAUUGUCUCAGACUGCUACAAGAAUGUGUCAGAAAUUAGCAAAGUGCCAAGGAUUUUCCGACCAACAAAGGAUUGUGACAUCAGUUGCCAAGCUGCUCGACACUAUCAAAAGCUCCACCAAUAUGUAAUGGAACUCUGGGAGAUCCUGAAACAGAAGUUCCAAGAUUUUGACGUUGAUGCCACUCUUCGUCAAGUCCAACAAUUUUUCGUAGAGCUUGGACGUCGCGUGAAUAAAUUCGGAACGGAUGUGCAAGUCAGUCUGAAGAAAGCCACUGAGAACAUUGGCGACUCCGCGGAGGAGAUGAAGGAGAACGAGAACGUUUUGACCCCAGCACCAGAAUUACAAGAUCUGAAGAAGGAACAAUAA